AAAACAGUUUAUUUCAGCUAUCCGAAAGAUGUCUUCACAUUGAACUACAUGAGCAGAAUUCGAUUCUUGCUCAACAUGAUUGCGUCAUGGCCUAACCAAGAGUUUGGAGGCUCAAACAUUUGGAGGCAAGCGGCAUCAUUGUACCGAUGUGUACUCAUCACUUUUGUGGUGUUCAACAUGACUACCACUAUAUCUUACCUGCAGAAGUAUGUGAACCAUGAUUUGGCGCACUCGUAUGUCAAUAUGAUGUUGGCCAGCGUGUAUCUUCAAAGAUUAUUCCUGCCGUUUCAAAAGAAGUACUGUUUAAUGAUAAAAAGAUUUGUAUUGGAAUUUCAUUUAAUCCACCACAAGCACAAAACGGAAAACGCUGCACAGGUGUACGAUCGGGUCAACAGAAUUUGUGCCAUCGUUACUGCAGUAAGCGUGUCACACACAACUGGCUUACCGCUGUUUUAUAACGGCAUUCCUUUAUAUAACAACAUUAAAGCCGGAAUGUUCACCAAUCAUAGACCAGCCAAUGGCACAUUCCAGCACUCCGUUUACUUUGACUUGCCUUUCGACCAGUAUGGAACCUUCGAUGGUUAUCUGAUUGUGUUCUUUUACAAUAUCUACGUUUCUUACAACGCUUGUAUUGGAAUUUGUAUGUACGAUGCGUUAGUUUUUUCCAUCGUGUUCCAUAUUUGGGGUCACAUAAACAUACUUACACAUGACCUGAAACAUUUCCCUCUUACAAGCCCUCAAGCCUUCACGAUGACGGCUCCAAGUCAGUUUACGCAAGAGGACAUGUUUGGUCGAUUAAAGGGCAUCGUCAAACAUCAUCAAAUGAUCAAAGAAUUUAUGAGAUGCACUUCAGAUGCGUUUAGUAUCUCUUUGUGCUGUUACCUCCUAUUUCACCAGCUGAGUGGUUGCGUCUUACUCUUGAAAUGCUCUUCACUGGAUCCAAUUGCUCUGGGAAGAUAUGGUUUAUUAACGAUUAUGGUGUUUCAACAAUUAAUAGAAACAUCAGUCAUUUUCGAACUUGUCAACUCAAAGAGUGACACUCUCGCGGACCAUGUGUACCGGCUGCCGUGGGAGGACAUGGACCUGAGGAACAGGAGGGUCGUGUUAAUCCUCCUCCAUAACGUGCAGAAAUCACUGGCUCUGAAGGCCGGAGACAUGGUGCCAGUCGGAGUGCUGACUAUGUCUACGAUAAUAAGAACAUCGUGCUCCUAUUUCAUCAUGUUAAGAACAUUGACGGACGAACCUAGAGUAUAUCUUUUCAGUGAUCCGGCAAAUAUAUUCUCUUUGACUUACAUGAAAACACUUAGAUUCUGGCUCAAUAGUAUCGCGUCGUGGCCACACAAAGUAUCUGGAGGCUCGAAUAUCACGACAAACAUGACAACUAUUUACCGUUGUAUGCUAAUUAUGCUUCUUGUUAUGAACAUUUGUACAACCAUAACUUAUUGGAAGAAGCACGUAGACACCGAUUUUGGACAUAUGUAUCUCAACGUAAUGCUGUCAUCUAUAUGUCUUCAAAGAUUGUUCCUACCCUUCCAGGAGAAGUAUUGUUCAGUCGUGAAGAAAUUCAUUUUGGAAUUUCAUUUAAUCCACCACAGGCACGACGCAGAUUCCCUUCAGGUGUACGAUCGGGUCAAUAAAAUGUGCACAAUAGUUUCUGUCGCCAGCCGAUCGCAGACAGUCGUAGCAAUAAUUUUGUAUAACAUGGUACCUUUAUACAACAGCUACAAAGCUGGAAUGUUCAGUGAACACAGGCCACAAAACGCUACAUUUCAACACGCUGUUGAUUAUGAGCUACCAUUAAAUCAGUACACCGUAUACCGUGAUUACAUCAUUGUAUUUAUUUACAACUGGUACACGUCCUAUAACGUAGCUAUUGGUAUUUGUAUGUAUGAUCUCUUCAUUUUUACCAUAGUGUUUCAUAUUUGGGGUCAUUUAAAUAUUCUUAUUCAUGAUCUGAAAUAUUUUACACCGAGUUUUCAAUGUUUUGAGAAUAAUUAUCUAGUCCCUGCUACACAAGAAGAUAUAGCAAGUCGGUUAAAAGAUAUUAUAAAGCGCCAUCAAAAAAUUAAAGUGUUCAUGUCAAGGACUUCAGAAGCGUUCAACACCCCGUUGUGCUGUUAUCUCCUUUUUAACCAACUUAGUGGCUGUGUUAUGCUGCUGAAAUGCUCUUCACUGGACCCAACCGAUCUAUGGAGAUAUGGAGUAAUGACGGUGAUUAUAUUCCAGCAACUAAUAGAAACAUCGGUUAUUUUCGAACUCGUUCGCUCAAAGGGUGACAUCCUUCCGGAGAAAGUGUACGAGCUUCCUUGGGAAUGUAUGGAUAUUCGAAACCGGAGGAUAUUUCUCAUGUUCCUUAACAACGUGCAGACAUCAUUAGCCAUCAAGGCUGGCGGCAUGCUCCCCGUUGGAGUUAUGACCAUGGCCAUGAUUUUAAGAAACUCCUGUUCCUACUUCAUCAUGUUGAGAACAUUUACACAAGAUCCCAAUGCUAUGGGGACAUAUGGUCUGAUGACAAUAAUUAUAUUCCAGCAGUUAAUCGAAACGUCAGUCAUUUUCGAACUCGUCCGUUCAAAGGGAGACCUACUCGCGGACCUAGUCUACGAUCUGCCUUGGGAAAAUAUGGAUAUAAGAAACCGGAGGAUCGUCCUAAUGUUGCUUCAGAACGUGCAGACCUCUUUAGCAAUAAAAGCUGGCGGCAUGGUGCCGGUUGGGGUUCUGACUAUGUCUACGAUAUUAAGAAAUUCCUGCUCCUAUUUUAUGAUGUUACGAACAUUCAUGUAA